AUAAAUCUGAUGUUUGUGGUUCAUGGGAUUUUACAUAAAGAAGUCUUGAGACUACAUAGGCCUAGAGAAAACUUGUGCACUCAGAACGCGUUCACUGGCCCUGAUUAUCAUUCUGCAAGGAAGAAAAAAAAAACAGUUGCAUAAUUCCACAUUUAGUCUUCAUGCCAAAGCAGGUUUAAUGAAACGUUAAUAUCUUAGUAAGCCACGGGACUUCUACUGAAGGGUGAGGGGCAGGCUUGCUCCGCUACCAGACUGUGGCGGUGGCGCGUCGCGUCGCACCCGCGUAGUUUCGCAGAUGUGGCACCAACAGCGCAAAGUUUACACGCCUGAACUGCGCGCGCGGCCCACAUCUGGAAACGUUGCAUCACAGCAGCAAAUGUCCCGGAUAAGGGAGAAGCUCAGGACCUUUUUUUUUUUUUUCUGUCGGCAGAAGCAAACAAAACUCGACUGUAAAAAGCAAGGGCUGCGACACUGUCACUUCACUGUUCGGGUAAAACCACCGCGUUAACUGUAAUGUGAUCUCAAGUAUAGAUGGGAAGAGAGUCAAACUGGUUGGCAAGUGGAAAAAUACUUCGGAAGAUCUCAUCGUGGAAAGUGAGAACUUGAAACGGAAAACAUAAAGCGAUAUCGCUUUGACCGCGAAGGAGUGGCACGCAGGCACCAACCCUGCGACAGCAAGUGAUGAACGCUUGAAUAGAGUCUAUAUUGAAGGCACAGAGGAUAACGCUGAAGAGAGAAGAUGCCGGGUCCUCCCCCACCUCCUGCUCCCCCUCCCCCUCCUACAUUUGCUGUGGCCAACACAGAGAAGCCCUCCCUGAAUCGCAAUGAGCAGCACGGGAGGAAUGCUCUUCUCUCGGAAAUCGGCAAGGGAGCCCGGCUCAAGAAGGCCGUCACCAAUGACCGGAGCCAGCCAAUAAUAGACAAACCAAAAGGAGGAGGAGGAGGAGGAGGAGGUGGAGGAGGAGGAGGAGGAGGUGGAGGUGGUGGAGGAGGAGGAGGAGGAGGAGGAGGAGGAGGAGGUGGUGGUUUUGGGGGUGGCGCUCCUAGUGGUCUGGGCGGUCUAUUCCAGGGUGGAAUGCCAAAACUACGCUCAGCGAACAGAGAGAGCAACGACUCUGGCGCUGCUCGGCCUCCUCUGCUGCCCCCUGGUGGUCGCUCUGCUGGCCCCCGCCCGUUUGGUGGUGGUGGUGGUGGCAGUGAUGCCAGUCCUGCCCCUCGGCUGCCCGUGCCAAAGAACGGUGCGAUAGACGGCCCUCGGCCCCGCGCCACCCCCGCCCGCUUCGACACCCCUGGGGGGCCGCCUCCGGUGCCCAACACCCCCAGACCAGGUGUCGGGGGGUCCCAGGGCAGGGGGCCCCCACCGCUGCCUGGCGGGGGACGCCCCACUUCCUCUGCUCCAACGCCUCCCCCCGGUCGCCAUGGCAGCUGCCCCCCUCCCCCUGUCCCAGCCUCGUCUCCAUUUGGGCGUCAGCCCUCUACCCCUGCCCCCCCUCCCUCCAGUCGCCCCCCCUUACCCCCUGCACCCAGACCUGCGUCCGAGGACCGCCCGCCUCACGUUCCCCUCGGCAACCGGCCCUCUCUGACCCGAGACGGGCAUCCCCCUCCUCCGCCCUCCUUCAUCAACAAGCCCCACCCUCCAUCCUCCUCACCCCGCCCCAGCGCUGGAGGGGGGGCACCACCACCACCUCUGCCGCCCGGUCGCCCUGGACCGCCUCCGCUGCCCCCCACACCUGCGGCUCCUGCUGAUGAUGUCACCCCACGGCUGCCCCAGAGGAACCUGUCACUUAACGCCGCCCCUGCCCCCCCGCCUCUCCGCGGUGGCCCUCUGCCUCCGCCCCCCAGCGAGAGACCGCCCCCCUUGGGCAGAAACUCCUCUGCACGCUCAGGUCCUCUCCCUCCCCCUCCCCCAUCGGGACGCUCUGGCGGCAGCAUCAGGUCGUCACCGGCCCCCCCCAGCCCCAGUCGCCCCCCAGCGGAGUCCCGCAGCGGCUCCAUCCACAGACCCCCCCUCCCCCCAGACAGACCAGGGGUCGGUGGCGCACCACCUCCACCCCCACCCAUGGGCAAUGGCUUCCAGAACCACCACCCACAUGCAGAUGAGUGGGAAUCCCGCUUCAACUUCCGCCCCAUGUCUGAGCUCCCGCCCCCUGAGCCCUAUGUUCACUUCCAGAAGACCUAUCCCAGCAAGAUGGCCAAGAGUGAUGGACGAGGAUCAGGCAAAAAGGAGAGAGGUGCCCCUCCUCUGCCCCCCAUCCCCAGGUGAAGGAGACUCUGUUGGUCACUCUGGGACGUCUCCAAAUCCAGCUAUAGCUCUCUCGCGCUCUCUCUCUCUCUCUCUCUCUCUCUCUCUCUCUCUCUCUCUCUCUCUCUCUCUCUCCUUCUUUCUUUCUCCCCCCUGCAGAAUCCCCAUUUCACGUACUCUUGCACCGGUCACUGUUGCUGUGGAAAUCACACUCCAUUGGACACACACACCUCUGGACAAAAAUCUACAAUCGUGGGGAUCAACAUCAUCCGGGGGUCGUGUCGCUCCAUCGCUGUGCUCUCUCUCUCUCUCAAUCUCACACACACGCGCACACACGCACACACACA